UGAAGUGCUCCGCACUCGAGACCUGAGGCCCAAGAUCAGUACAGAAGGUAACUAAUGAGACUGCGUUUGUUUACGUCUCGUCACUGAUGCAACAACAUUCUACUUCAUCCUGGGGCAGGAAAUAAUCAGUGACUAGGCAUGUCAAGAGGAGAAAUCAUCAUUCUUUUUCUGUCUUUACUGUUUGAGUCUUCACUGACUCAAGACAAAAAAUGCAACACGGAGCUAGACUGCCCCAAAGAGAACCAGAUGAUCUUUGGUCCAUCUACAACAAACAUUCCUCCGUUGCUGAAAUCAGUUGUGACAGAGGUUUUCUUUGUGGGUAGCCAUUUUCAAACAAUCCCCACAGCAGCAUUUGCUAGAAACACCCUGCUUGAAAAGGUGGAGUUCAUGAACACUCACACGUCAUCUAUUGAGCAGGGAGCUUUUGAAGGUUUGGUGUCCCUGAAGUAUGUUGAGAUCUCAAACACUGAAUUAGUGUCACUCCCAGUGGGACUCUUUAAAGACCCCAGCAACCUGGAGUCGAUUAUAAUAAAGUUUAACAAGCUACGUAGUCUAGAGAGAGGCUUGUUUGACGGCCUUAAAAAAGUAAAAGAGGUCCAGUUACAAGGGAACAAGAUCGAAUUGAUUGAAGAUGGGACAUUUGAUGGUCUUGAGGGCCUUUUGUCACUCCACUUAGCUAAAAACAAUCUCUCUGCUGUAUCUGCCGACUGGUUCUCAAACCUAAACAAACUGCAAAUACUACGGCUUUAUGAGAAUCAACUGACCAACGUUCCUGAGGAGAUUUUUCAGAAUUUACCAAACUUGAAGGAAAUUGCCUUGCACGGCAACAAAAUAGCAGAACUAUCACCAAAUCUGUUUCCACAUAAAGACAAACUAAUGAAGAUCACUUUAGAUAGUAACCUUCUCACUAGUUUACCUCGAGAUUUUUUCGUUGGCUUCCCUCUGCUUAAUACUCUGACCCUUAAGAAGAAUAAACUGACAAGUCUACCACCAGUGCUUUUUGGAAAAAUGCCCAAACUGACUGUUUUAAGCCUCAGUCACAACCAUCUGAGCACUCUCCCUGAAGGAAUAUUCACCGCCUUGAAAGAAGUCAAGAAGCUAGAUCUGUCUAAUAAUGAGUUUGUCACUUUGUCAGCUGAAUACUUUAAAGGCCCAGAGAAUCUGAUAGAGCUGAAUCUACUGAACAACAAGAUAAAGUUGCUGGAUGCAAACGUGUUCGACGAGCUACAGUCACUGACCACACUAAAGCUAUCUCACAACGACCUUCAGAUGCUUCCUGGGGAGAUUUUUGAGCGUUUACCAAAACUCCGAAACCUUUAUCUCAGUGAUAAUCCCUGGCUCUGUGACUGUUAUCUGAUUUCUUUUCACCUCUGGAUAAAAGCAAACUCUGAAAAGAUCAAGUUCCCUGUGGUCUGUGAGUACCCAGAAAAUCUGAAAGGGCAGGAAAUCAAAUCCUUAACAGAGGAUCAAUUUAUUUGCCCCACCCUUCCCCCCACAACUACUCCCUUAACCACAACCCUCCCAACCACAACACUACCAACUACACAACCAACAACCACCAUACUUACUACCACAACACCUCUUCCUACAACACCAACCACCACUUUGCCAACCACCACUAUAACUCCCACAACCACCAUACCCACCACUACACUCCCAACCACUACCAUCCUUACUACCACAACACCAACAACCACUCCGACUACUACAACUAUACCAACCACAACUGUCUCCACCACACCACUAGCCACAACUACGACAACAGUACCAACAACUGCACCCACCACCACUAUAAUAACAACUGCACCCACCACUACUAUGACAACAACUGCCCCCACCACUACUAUGGCAACAACUGCACCCACCACCACUAUAAUAACAACUGCCCCCACCACUACUAUGGCAACAACUGCACCCACCACCACUAUAAUAACAACUGCCCCCACCACUACUAUGGCAACAACUGCACCCACCACCACUAUAAUAACAACUGCCCCCACCACUACUAUACCAACAACUGCACCCACCACCCCUAUAAUAACAACUGCACCCACCACUACUAUAACAACUACUGCACCCACCACCACAACCACAACUACUACCACAACCGCUAUGACCACAACUACACCAACAACAGCUAUGCACACAACCACCACCAUCCGGACUACCCAACCAACCACCACCAGAACAACAACGCCACCUCCACCAACCACUCCAGUGAUCUUCACCUAUCCAGUCGAACCAGUCUCUCACAACCAAUCAUCUUCCUUCACGUAUCAGCACAGAAACAAAGUUCAGCAGUGCAAGUCUCAGAUGAUGAUGUACACCGCACUGCUGGUGGUGGAGAUCACCUGCACACUGGUGCUGGCUAAGUUCACCCUGGCUCUUUACCGCCUGCUGCAGCGCAGAGAGAAGAUGUACCCCAGGGUCAAACUCACCCGCUUCUCCUACAGGAGAGAGGUCAUCCUGAGGCCUCUAUUAGAGGCAGAGACUCGAGGACUUUAA